AUGGCGCGGAUACAUUUCACCAGUGGGGAGAGCAAUGUCUCUAGACCCGUCAGGAGAAUGCGCUGGGCCACAACUCGCAAACCGGGUCAGAGUGGAGCGAAGAAGAGGAUGUCUUUACUCCAAAGGAUGCCCAGGGUGACCGUAUCGAGCUAUGAAGAAAAAGCUACCGGCCAUAAAAAUAACGGUGAGACUUCAGAAGAAAGUCCAAUGGACGAGCAGAAGCCGGAAAAAGGCUCGCAGGAACGCACCAUCUACGUGAAUCAGCCUCUUCCCCCCGAGGCGAAGACGGAGGAGGGCCACAUUAAAGCCCAGUAUGCGCGGAAUAAAAUCAGGACCUCCAAGUACACCCCCUUGAGUUUCGUGCCGAAAAACUUAUGGUUCCAAUUUCACAAUAUUGCCAACGUAUAUUUUUUGUUUAUUGCCAUUCUGAGUAUUUUCUCCAUUUUCGGCGCUUCCAACCCUGGCCUUGCAGCUGUACCUCUGAUAUUCAUCUUGACCGUCACCGCCAUCAAAGAUGCUGUGGAGGAUUGGCGCAGAACCGUGCUGGACACUGAACUCAACAACUCUCCCGUCUACAGGCUGGUGGACUGGGACAACGUCAACUCAUCCGACGACGACAUCUCUCUGUGGAGACGAUUCAAAAAGGCGUGCACCAGAUUGGUCAUUUCUACCUACCGUUGGCUCAAGAAUUCGAAGCGCAGGAAAUCCAAAAGGUCAGAGAAGGAUCCAACGGCGCUCGGUCUCCAACGAAGUCCUUCCACUGCCACAAGGGCCACAAUUCGAUCCUCGAUCUACUCGGAACACACCUCGUUUCACUCGACUCACAGCCAGACCGGGGACGACAUCGCCAUGACUCCCGUUCCGUCUCCAGCCUAUCGAUCAAGCCUGUCACCGAAUGGUCAGCUUUCCGCAAAUGGCGAGCCACCCAGCAGUGCACUUUCGUAUGAGACGGCGGAUGAGGCCGGUGCGGGUGCGGAUAAUGCGCCGUCAAUGCUCCGAGUACAGGAUCCCGCGAAACGCAAAAGCAACGUGCCGGCACCCAAGGACUAUGGCAGUUUUAUCAAUCCCCACAAGGAAGUCCCAGACAAAGCCCGUUUCAAGAAGGAUUACUGGAAGAACGUCAAGGUGGGGGAUUUCGUCCGCAUCUACAACGAUGAGCAAGCUCCUGCCGACGUCAUUGUGCUCUCAACCUCCGACCCCGACGGAGCGUGUUAUAUCGAGACCAAAAACUUGGAUGGCGAAACCAACUUGAAAGUUCGUCAAGCGCUCCAGGCAGGGCGCAAGGUCCGGCAUGCAAAGGAUUGUGAAUACGCCGAAUUCGUCAUUGAAAGUGAAGGCCCCCACCCCAACUUGUACUCCUACAGCGGUGUUGCCAAAUGGAGACAACAAGAUCCGAAGGAUCCCAACGGGACGCCGCGCGAAAUGGCUGAACCAGUUACGAUCAAUAACAUGCUCUUGCGUGGUUGCAGUUUGAAAAACACGGAAUGGGUUCUCGGUAUCGUGGUAUUCACAGGAGGUGAAACCAAAAUCAUGCUAAAUGCGGGCAUAACUCCUAGCAAACGCGCACGAAUGGCUCGGGAUCUGAACUGGAACGUCAUUUACAACUUUAUCAUCUUAUUCUUCAUGUGUUUGGUUGCUGGUAUUGUGCAGGGCGUGACCUGGGCGGAAGGCAACAAUUCCCUGGACUACUUCGAAUUUGGCUCCAUUGGUGGCAACCCGCCCACAGAUGGAUUCAUCACCUUCUGGUCGGCCGUCAUUUUGUUCCAGAACUUGGUGCCUAUCUCCCUAUACAUUACACUCGAAAUUGUCCGAUCCAUUCAAGCAUUCUUCAUCUGGUCUGAUGUUCACAUGUACUAUGAGAGGCUUGACUAUCCCUGUACCCCGAAGACCUGGAACAUUUCUGAUGAUUUGGGACAAAUCGAAUACAUCUUCUCGGACAAGACCGGCACAUUGACUCAGAAUGUCAUGGAAUUCAAGAAAUGCACCAUCAAUGGAGUGCCCUACGGCGAGGCAUACACUGAGGCGGAGGCAGGUAUGCGUCGAAGACAAGGUGUUGACGUCGAAGCUGAGGCUGCACGAGUCCAUCAAGAGAUUGCCGAAGCCCGUGUGGAGAUGCUCAGGCUGCUACGGAAGACUCACGACAACCCAUACCUUCAUGACGACGAACUCACUUUUGUGGCGCCAAAUUUCGUUGCCGACCUCAAUGGAAAGUCGGGCGAAGCGCAGGCGCGGGCGAACGAGGAGUUCAUGGUUGCUCUGGCACUCUGCCAUACCGUUAUAACAGAAACAACCCCCGGCGAUCCGCCAAAGAUCGAGUUCAAGGCUCAAUCUCCCGAUGAAGCUGCUCUGGUCGCUACAGCGCGCGAUGUUGGCUUUACUGUCCUCGGGCGCACCAAAGAAGAUCUCCACGUCAACGUUCGUGGUGAAGACCGAACAUACCACAUCCUCAACACGUUAGAAUUCAAUUCAACCCGGAAACGAAUGAGCGCCAUUGUUCGCAUGCCCGAUGGAAAGAUCAAAUUGUUCUGCAAAGGUGCCGACAGCAUGAUUUAUUCGCGUUUGGCCCGAGGCCAGCAGCAAGAGCUCCGUAAGGCGACGGCUGAAAAUUUGGAGAUGUUUGCCCGAGAAGGCCUCAGAACGCUCUGUGUGGCCGAGCGAGAAAUCGACGAAGAUUACUAUCAAGAAUGGAAUAAGGACCACGACUUCGCGGCCCAGGCUUUGACUGACCGUGAGGAUCGACUUGAAGAGGUCGCCGAUAGAAUCGAAAGAGAGCUCACCCUUCUUGGAGGAACGGCUAUCGAAGACCGUCUCCAGGAUGGCGUUCCAGACACAAUUGCCCUUCUUGGACAGGCUGGAAUCAAGCUUUGGGUCUUGACUGGUGACAAAGUCGAAACUGCCAUCAAUAUCGGUUUUUCGUGCAAUCUCCUGUCCAAUGAAAUGGACUUGAUCUUAUUCGAUAUGCCAGAGAGCAAGAUCGAGGAUGCCAGUGUACUUCUCGACCAACAUCUUCGCACAUUUGGUCUGACUGGAUCUGAUGAAGAAUUGGCUGCUGCUCGGCAUAUCCACGAACCUCCGCCUCCCACCCAUGCUUUGAUCAUUGACGGAGAGUCUCUCAAGCUGGUGCUGCAGGACGAGUUGAGGCAACGCUUUUUGCUCUUGUGCAAGCAAUGCAAGUCCGUCCUCUGUUGUCGAGUCAGUCCCGCUCAGAAAGCGGCCGUCGUUCAACUCGUUCGAAACGGUCUCGACGUCAUGGCAUUGUCCAUUGGCGACGGUGCCAAUGAUGUGGCCAUGAUACAGGAAGCCGAUGUUGGUGUUGGUAUCGCCGGUGAAGAAGGACGACAGGCCGUCAUGUCGUCUGACUAUGCCAUUGGCCAGUUUCGGUUUCUCCAGCGACUGGUUUUGGUACAUGGGCGCUGGUCUUAUCGACGACUGGCCGAAUCCAUCGCCAACUUUUUCUACAAGAACUUGGUCUGGACUUUCGCCCUCUUUUGGUAUCAGAUAUACAACGACUUUGACAUCACAUACCUGUUCGACUACACCUACAUCCUCCUGGUCAACCUGGUCUUUACAUCAGUGCCUGUGGGUCUCAUGGGCAUUCUUGAUCAAGAUGUCAGUGACAAGGUUUCGCUUGCGGUCCCCCAACUGUAUCGCCGAGGAAUGGAGAGAAAGGAAUGGACACAGACUAAAUUCUGGCUCUACAUGGCCGAUGGUCUCUACCAGUCAGCUAUUUGCUACUUCAUGGGCUAUCUUCUUUUCAAGCCAGCGACCUUCGAGACGGAAAAUGGCCGAGGCAUCGCCGAUCGAAGCCGUAUGGGUGUCUACAUCGCCUGUGUUGCGAUCAUCGUCAUCAAUUCCUACAUUCUUCUGAACACUUACAAAUGGGACUGGAUCAUGAUGUUGGUCACCGUCAUCAGCUGUCUUCUGAUCUUCGCCUGGACGGGAAUUUAUUCGUCUUUCGAGUCCUCCUUCCAGUUCUACAAGUCGGCCGCGGAGGUAUACGGACAAUUGUCAUUCUGGGCUUAUUUGCUCCUCACCAUUAUCAUCUGCCUCUUGCCUCGAUUCUCGAUCAAAUAUUUCCAGAAAAACUACGUGCCCUACGAUAUCGAUAUUGUCAGAGAGCAAGUUCGACAAGGCAAAUUCAAGUAUCUGGACGAGUACGAGGCAUACGUGCCCCCCAAGCUUGUGGACGUCUCCGGGACGUCGUCGGAGCAACCCGAGGAGACUCCCACCGAGGCAGAUGGCCGUGGUCAUGGCAGAUAUUCAAGUAUGGCUGAAUCUCAGCGGCCGAUAUAUCCACCCUCAGAGGCCCCCACUCGCGAUUAUCGCCAGCCCCACAGCCAGACUGGUAGUGACGGCACGGAUAGGACGAAACCGUCUCUUGAUAUGACGAGACAGCCUGGGGAAUCAUCAACCCCCGAAAAAGCGAAGCGGAGGAGACCUACGCUGGAGCGAGUUCGUUCCUCCUUUGAGAGACAACGACAAUCCUUUGACAAGUUGAGGCCGAGCUUCGAAGGUAGCCGAGACUUCACCAGCGCCGCCAUGCUGGCCAGAAUGGAGUCGAGUUACUCUCACCCUGGCAGCCCUCUUUCGCACACCAAUACUAGGAGGACCCAUGAUAUCGCUGAGGAACUCCCGUAG